CUACUGAAAAACAUAAUAGUAAUAAUAAUUUACUAUUUACGACAGCUACAAACAACAUAAUUUUAUAAUUUUAACAAUUUAAAAACAAUGAAAUAGUUUGUUAGUGAAAUAAUAUAUGUUCAUUCAUGCUAUGGCAAAUAGAGUGACAGUAGUAAAAAAGUAUAUUUCAAAAUAAUGUUUGCGAAAAUGAGUACCAAAGCGCUAAACACUUGGCGACUUGCGUGCUACCCUGCAUCUCCAGUUAUUAACCGAAUAAUCACAUAUCCAAAAUGGAGAUACUAUGCAACAGCCAAUUUAUACAGUAAAGAUGAGAAUCAUGGGCGUACUACACUUGAUUCCUCCGAGAUCAAAAUGUUUUCAAAACAAAUGAGUGAAUGGUGGGAUGUCAAUGGCUAUCUAAAAUCAUUACAUGCUAUGAAUAAAGUGAGAAUACCAUUGAUUAGAGAUGGUCUCAUACAAACAUCGGAAAGAACCUUAACACCUUUGCAAGAUAAAAAAAUUCUCGAUGUUGGUUGUGGGGGAGGCAUCUUGGCAGAGGGCUUAGCUAGACUCGGAGCGAAUGUGACAGGAAUAGAUGCAAGUGAAGAUCUCAUAAACUUAGCCAGAGAACACAGUGAAACUAAUCCAAAAAUAAGUAACAAUAAACCAACAUAUUAUCACUGUACUAUUGAGAAUCACAUUAAAACACAUAAUGAACAUUAUGACGCUGUAGUUGCAUCAGAGGUAAUUGAACACAUAACCGAUAAGCAGUUAUUUGUGAAUUCGUGCGUUGCAGCAACGAAACCCGGAGGUAGAUUAUUCUUCACGACGCCAAACAAAACCAGGAUAUCGCAGUUCCUAACUAUAUUUGUUGUCGAAAAUAUUAUAAAAAUCGUAAAAAAAGGAACGCAUCAGUACGAUAAGUUCAUUACACCUAAUGAAUUAACUUUCCUGUUAGAGAGAAAUAACUGCCUAGUGGAAUCGAUAUACGGCUUGUUCUACAAUCCGUUAAACAACAGUUGGCAUUUUACAAACUCACAACUUCUACUAUACGCUCUACAGGCCGUCAAACUGAAGUCAUUGUAGUUUUAGAU